GAAUUUCGAUCUUCUGCCCCCCACCCAUUUUCUCUCAUGGAAGAAGAAUUAGAAUUCCUCGAAUCAGAGGUCAUUUUCCAAGAAAAUGUCCUCAACGAAGAGGGUGUCAUUUUCCCAGGUAAUUUUAAAUCCCAGAAUUCAAGAAGUAAGAAGCCGAGGAGGAGGAGGAGGAAGAAGAAGAAGAGUUCCAUUCCCAUCAAUGUCCCGGAAAACGUCUCCGGGAAUCCGUGGAUUCAGGCCGUGGAAACCGAUUUCUUCGACGACGACGACGAGGGGGAACAGUUCGUCCCGCCUCAUGUGAUUCUGGGUCGCCGGAUUUCCGACGGGAAAAUGGCGUUUUCGGUGUGUACCGGAAACGGGAGGACUCUCAAGGGAAGGGAUUUGAGCCAAGUCCGGAAUUCAAUUCUCCGAAUGACCGGUUUCUUGGAAACGUGACUUCCACGCUAUUUUUUACGUAAUAUUGGAUUAGCUUAGACUAGCACGAAAAGGAAAGGAAAGGAAAGGAAAGGAAAGGAAAAGGAAA